AUGCUUCCAACACCGGAUACAUCUCAUGUAUCCUUCGACACAAUCUACGAGCCAUCCGAGGACUCGUAUCUCUUCCUAGACACAUUGUCAUCAGCAUCCGAAUCAAAAUGGCUCAUUGAACGAUUCGACAAAACCAAGCAUACAUCACCAUUAGUGGUCGAAGUAGGCACAGGCUCAGGCGUAGUCCUCGGCUUCGCAGCCGCACAAUCCGAAAAGAUCUUCGGCCGACGCGAUAUCCUCACGCUAGGAACGGACGUGAAUCGAAAUGCGUGUCUCGCAACGCGGGAGACGGUAACGAAUGCCAUCAAGGCGGAGCAGCAGCCGAAUCCACGCACUGUUCAUAUUUCUUCCUUAACGGCUGACCUGUGUGCGCCUCUACGUCCUGGGAGCGUUGAUGUUCUGCUUUUCAAUCCGCCUUAUGUUCCCACGGAGGAUUUGCCUCGUUUGCCUUGUGCUGUCGACAAUGAUCCUGCUGCUACGGCGGCUAUGUCUCGCUCUGCCAAGUUUGAUAAUGAUUCUUACUUUUUGUCGUUAACUUAUGCUGGUGGUGCUGAUGGUAUGGAGACUACGGAUCGGUUGCUUGACGCUAUUCCUGGGGUUUUGUCAACGCAUGGUGUGGCUUAUGUUUUGCUUUGCAAGCAAAAUAACCCUGAUGUUGUUAAGGAGCGGAUUCGUGGGUGGGGUGGGUGGCAGGCUGAGUCGGUGGGAUCGAGUGGGAUGCAGGCCGGGUGGGAGAAGUUGGUUAUUGUGAGGAUAUGGAGAGAUGAUCGCUUAUAG